CGCACGGCGAGCACACUGAGCAGGCAGAAUGACUUCAUCAGUGUGGGGAGUCUUCCUUUGUGUCGCCGUCCUGGCAUCGGGCAGCCAGGGCACUUUGCCACGGUUUGGAUCCGCGGACAGCCCUUUAGACCCUCCGCGGGUUUCACCGAGGGUCUAUCAGAGCUUCCAAGAUGUUAAAACGCUUGAGCAAAGCUUCGUCGAAGUCUCGCCAACCGAUGAAACUUUACAGGAGGUGCACCCGGGGGAUUACACGCUGCGAGGCUUGCAGCAGAGCGGCCGGCCGGAUGUCAGCAACCAUCUGACACAAAGCAGAGGGAGAACUGACUCUGGAGCUCGUGGCACUAACUCUGGAUUUUAUGGCUAUCCAUCCUCGCAUCACCAGCUUCCAAAGAAAAACCAGCCUCUCUUCCGGCACAAAGCAGUGCCAGCUCCAACCUUCAACCAGCUUGCAAGAGAACUGGGUGGCAUUUCUACACUCACCAGAACUGGCACAGCCUCCAGACCAAAUUGCAGAAAUCGGCCUAUCGACCUGGUUUUCAUCAUAGACAGUUCCCGCAGUGUGCGCCCUGCUGAGUUUGAGAAGGCUAAGGAGUUCCUGCAAGACAUGGUGGAUAGCUUGGAGAUUGGCUCAGAUGCCACACGAGUGGGCCUUGUCAAUUAUGCUAGCACCGUGCAGAUUGACUUCUUGCUGAAGACUUACUUUGAUAAGCCCUCCCUGAAGCAGGCAUUGGCCCGCAUUGAGCCCCUCUCUUCAGGCACCAUGACUGGCCUGGCCAUCAAGACCGCCAUGGAGCAAGCUUUCACCGUGGAGUCAGGGGCUCGUCCAAGCUCCAUGAGCAUCUCCAAAGUGGCCAUCAUUGUGACGGAUGGGAGGCCCCAGGACAAGGUGGAAGAGGUAGCAGCGGCAGCCCGGGCAGCUGGGAUUGAGAUCUACGCAGUGGGAGUAGACCGAGCUGAUAUGAAGUCCCUCCGCCUCAUGGCCAGCGUCCCACUGGAUGACCAUGUCUUCUAUGUGGAAACCUAUGGUGUCAUUGAGAAGCUCACUUCCAAAUUUAGGGAAACUUUAUGUGGUGUGGAUGCAUGUGCUCUCGGACAUGACUGCCAGCACAUUUGCGUCAGCAAUGGCAACUCAUACACCUGCAAGUGUCGUGUGGGCUAUGUUUUGAACGCCGACAAGAAAACAUGCUCAAGUUCGGAUAGAUGUGCCCAGGGACACAACUGCCAGCAUAUUUGUGUCAACAGUGGAGACUCAUACAUCUGCAAGUGUCAAGUAGGAUAUAUAUUAAACAUGGACCAGAAAACAUGCUCACGUUCGGAUACAUGUCCCCAGGACCACGACUGCCAGCACAUUUGCGUGAACAAUGGCGACUCGUAUACCUGCAAGUGUCGAGAGGGAUAUGUGUUGAACGCAGACCAGAAAACAUGCUCACAGGAAAUGCGAGGUGAAAUAACCGAAGACGCAUGCAUGUGUGAAGCUCAGGUUGCCUUCCAGAGGAAAGUUCAGACAGUCAUGCAAGAGCUGACCAGAAAACUUGAUGAAAUUUCGGACAAAAUGAACCUGAUGGAAGGCCAGCAGCAGUAUGUCUAAAGAAGGAGAAACACCCGGAGUGUCAUGUUCAGGACGUUCUGAGUUAACUUUCAGCUGUGGGUCCGUUCAGUAUCCACAUUAUCAUGACCAGCGACAGUCAUUUGUAACCUUCAAAAUAUCUAUAAUGUCUCAGAAAAAAGCAAACAAACAAAAAAGUUAUUUAGUAGUUGUAUGUUGGUUUUGUUGUAAAUUAUAAGACUGGAUUAUUAUCACAUUCAUGAUAUUAUAUAUGUGAUCGCUGUUUACAGUAAUGAAGCACGACUGGUAUGGCAGAGUUAAUGUGUGGCUGUAGCAAAGUAAAAAAAUCCUUCUUGUGUAAUACAUUGUGUAAAGAUACGUAACAUCAAGAUAAUUAGAGAAUAUACUGUAGAGUAGAUAGAGGUACAAACUUUUACUGUAACAAAUGUACUAAAAGGCUAAUUUAUACUUUGAUAAUAAACAUUCAAAUGAGUUUUGAUGGAAGGAGUGUUGCAGCUCAUCCUCUGUAUGGCUUCUCUGUGCUGAGAGCAGCUCGUUUCUUGCCAGAGCAGGAACCUAUCCAGAGCUGUAAAACGACUAACCUCUUAUGCAACAAGAUAAUUGUUGUUACCUCUUUAAUUACGGCCUUUUUGCCCAGAGAAAAGGCCAAAUUAAAACUUGAUCCACUUGGCUGGUGGCGGGGUUACAUCACAACAGUGAAUGGCUGCGAUUCAUUUCUGUGAGAGCUGAAACGUUUCGACAAAUGUAUUGCACAAGAUUGUAUUUGUGUUUCUGUUGUUCCUGCUGACGGAAUGAUUUUACACUGCAGCAUAAUCAUGCAACAUGGGAUGUGGAAGGGGGUGCUUUGGGGAGGGAGAGGGGAAAUGAUUCAGGGAGUUCAAGAAUGGAUUAAUGGCUCCAAUAAAUUGUCCAGUUGGUGUAGUUUCUCUUGGGCCCCAAAGUCUCAGCAGUCUUGGACAUGACAGCAGUUGUUUAGUGCAGCACUGAUAUAUUUCAAACCCACCGAGUUUGUGUGACCAGUCUGUUGACAUAAUAUUCCAAUUUGAUAUCCUUAACAUAAGAAAUGCUUGUACUGUACUUUUUUUUCUUCUUCUUUUUGCUGUCAACUUGUAAUUUCUGCCACAAUGCGUGCAAGGCAAACUAAACAGCUUAAGGCAAAAUUUUUGGUGCAGUGCUCUUUUCGUGUACAAUGACUGUAAUCUGUGUACAGCGUGUAUUGGUGCACUUGUGAGGAAAACAUAUCUAUAAAGCUGUAUAUUAGGAGUACCUUGACACAAGGACAUUAAAGUAUUGUGAAACACUGGAA